AUCAUUUAUGAAAACCUUUGUCUAUAUUUGUACAUUGUAUAGUCCAUGUCUAUGUAUAAAUAAUAUGUUAUAUUAUAUCGUAAUAAAUAAUCUGUAAACAAAAAAAUGACCAAAUUCAAUUUUCAAAUUUUUAUUGUUUCACUAUAUUAUUUUUUUGUUUUUGUAAUAAUCUUGUAAACUUGUUUUCAACGUUGUAUUAUUGUCAGUUCUCUGUUCCCAACAUUUAUCAAUGAUCAUUUUGCUAAAAAAACAAACAAAACAGACACAAAUUCAACAACUAUGUUCGCUUUGUAAUAUAUCUAAAUUUAUUACCAUUCAAAAUAUAACAAAAAUAAACGAUAAAAUAUAACUUGUCUUUAUAUAUUUAAUUUGAAAUAUUUCCUUCCUCUCGUUUGUUCAGCUCACAAGUCACAAUGUUCAUCUGAAAACAAAAAAACAUGAAGUCAAAGAAGCUCCAAAGCCUGUAAUGGAAGACAAGAAAGCGAACAUAAUCGCUACUCUAACCAUCUUAUCCCUCCUCCUCGUCAUAAUCGCCGCCCGUGUUUAUCUAAAACUCUCCAAACCCUUUUACCUCCUCGCCGGCGUCGACAUCUCCUUAAUCCUCGCCGUGUUCUGCUUCCUCGUAAUCCGAAGCCGUUACAACAGAGAGAGAAAGAACCUCGAGUCAAGAUACAUCUCAGAAGGCAGAGAGCUCAGAAUCGAGUACAGCUUCCUCCGAAAAGUCGCCGGAGUCCCGACCAAGUUCAAGCUCGAGGAUCUCGAAGAAGCCACCGACGGGUUCAGAGUCCAGAUCGGGAAAGGAGGAUCAGGCUCUGUGUUCAAAGGAGUUUUAAAAGACGGAAGCCAAGUAGCUGUGAAGAGAAUCGAAGGAGAAGAGAAAGGAGAAAGAGAGUUUAGGUCAGAGGUAGCUGCUAUAGCUUCCGUGCAGCACAAGAAUCUAGUUCGUCUUUACGGUUAUUCAUCGGUAAAUCGUUAUAGAUUCUUAGUCUACGAAUACAUACCAAACUCAUCUCUCGAUGUAUGGAUCUUCCCGGGAAAGAGAAGACUAGGAGGUUGCUUGACGUGGGACCAAAGGUACCAAGUUGCAAUCGAUGUAGCGAAAGCCCUAUCUUAUCUUCACAAUGAUUGUCGGUCCAAGAUCUUGCAUCUCGACGUUAAGCCGGAGAACAUUCUCCUCGACGAGGAUUAUAGAGCCGUGGUAACGGACUUUGGACUCUCUAAGCUUGUUGCUAGAGACGAGAGCCGAGUAGUAACGGAGAUACGCGGCACGUGCGGGUAUCUAGCGCCCGAGUGGCUUCUAGAGCACGGUAUCUCCGAGAAGUCUGACGUUUACAGCUACGGGAUCGUGCUCCUAGAGAUGAUAGGAGGAAGGAGGAGUAUAACGAGGGUAGAGAACAAGAGGACCAAGAAGAAGAAGCUGGAGUAUUUUCCAAGGAUUGUGAACCAGAAGAUGAGAGAGAGGAGAGUGAUGGAGAUUGUGGAUCAGCGGUUGAUAGAAGCUAAGGAGGUUGGUGAUGAAGGGCAAGUGAUGAAGUUGGUGUGUGUGGCGCUUUGGUGUAUACAGGAGAAGGCUAAGAAUAGGCCUGAUAUGGCUACGGUGAUUGAGAUGCUUGAAGGGAGAGUUACGGUGAAUGAGCCGCCGGAUUCUAAACUUGUUGUGGUCGAUCUUUUGGCGGCAGCUGGUGGUGGUGAUGAUGAUGUUGAUGAUGUGACUACAGGUGUAAGAAGGGUUGUGGAGAUGCCAAAAUUGCAUAUUCAGAGGGGGAGGCAUUUUCGUUUUCCGUCUGUUUGUUCUAGUAUCAUAUCUCCAGUUUCUCCACGUUAGAGCUUUGGUUUGUUUCUUCGUUUGAUAUGUUAAUAAGCACAACAAAACAUAACCGGAACCUACUCUUUGUUUAUAUUUGGUUUUGUUCAAGUCUAAAACUUAGAUUGCUUAGUGUUUUA